AUGAUUGAGUUCACCAGAAAGAUUAAGGAUGGUUCUGAGCAUCAGGGUGAUGAUCAUUUGCAAUGUGUUCCAAUCACCCAGGAUGCACCUCCAAAUCCAGAUGGACAUGGCAACAAGCGACUGGAGGUAAGGCUGAAGCCUUCCUUGAAGCAAGGAGGCCAAGCAUGCAUCAACCCUGGACCUGCUAAACAGGAUGUAGCCCAACAUCAUUCUGCAACUGCCAGUAAGGGCUGUCAAAUUCCUUUACAAAAUGGCAAGGGUAUGGAUUCCCAAUCAGGAAAGAGGCAAUUGGCAGUGAGUGGUGGAGAUGGGAUGAUGGAGGACAUCUCGAAAUCCCCUUGGGUCCAUUGGGCCCCUGCCCAGAUGGAUGCAGAUGUCCCUUCACCCCCAUCCAAAGGCAAUGAAAUCAUUGAUUCAGUUCAGGCUGCAACAGUCAUGUCAGGGGGCAUCCCCCACCCCUGUUAUGCAGGGCCCCAAUCAUUUCAUUUUGACACACACACAUUUGUGGGCACCCAUGCCAUUGCCAUAUGUUCCCAUGGUUGGGUGUUGAACAUUGAUAUUUGGAGUGGCAAUGGCUUCCAACAAGUGAAAUUGUUUAGCAUCCAUCCACUAUGGCAGACCAAAUUCCCCACAGAGUAUACUUCAAUCCCAGAGUUCAUAUUUGGCAAAUUGAAGCCAGGGGGGAGGACCCUCCACAAUCUGCAGGCCCCUCAAAAGGAGGGGUCAAAAGGCAGGAACCAUCUGACAGCUGAUGAGCCAUGUUCCACCCCCCCACUGCCUCCUGAUGAUGACAUUCCACCACCCCCACCACCUCCUGACAAUCUUGAGAAUGUGACCAAGGAGUCUGAUGAAGAUGAGACUGACAAUGCCCUCAUCCCACCUCCACCUCCACCCCCAGAUGACCCAGGGAUGAUAAAUGAUCCAAUCCCACCUCCACCCCCCUCCUUGCAAGAAUCUGACUCCCACCAUUCAGUCGCAUCACUGGAUGGGAAUGAUACCUCAAUGGACAUGGACACAUCUUCAGAACUACCCCCACAACCCCCAUCUGAUGAAAUUUAUACACCUAUAUUCCACCUGGAUGGUACAGGCCACAACCUGUCCAAUGAGGAGAAGGGGAAAUGGAGGUGCAUAGUUUUGUACAUCCAGGAGCUGAUCAUGCCAGAAGCAGAGAGAUCCCUCUCUCAAAUUGCUGAUUUGGAUGACUUCUACAACCCAUUCACUGCGAUAGGCCCUCAGUGGUUUGCAGAACAACCUCAAUACCUGGCCCAGCAGUCAGUCAUGGACAUGAUCAUCAUGUACAUGGGCUGCUGCAUUGAUACUGCCAUUUGGCACCUAUAUUGCAAUCUCUGCAUUGAUAUGAGUACACUGGACUGUCGCAUCCCAAUAGUAGUCAUGCAGAAUUGUUAUCAGCUCCCAUUUCCCACAUUGUACAUGCUGCAUCAUAUGGGGGGAUGGACAGAAGAAACCUUCCACAAUGCCCUGUUUCAAGUUCCAGAGGUGCAGAUGUCUGAUACCUGCUUGAAUGUUAUGGAAUUACUGCUGCAGUGGACUCCCCACCUGCAGGAAGAUGGUGGGAUUGUGCUUCCAUGGUGGUUGAUGGCCACAUCAAACUAUGCAAGUGACUCACACAUUUUGUGCUCCAAUGAGGUGCAGACCAUUGCACAAAGGUAUUUCAGGGAUUUUUGGCCAUUGGACAAGUCUCCCAUCAAGGAUCACCUCCAUGGGACAUUGGAAUUGUGGGUGGAGAGUUACAAGAACAAUGCAUGCAGAGUAGAGGCACUACUCCCUGACCUUAAUGCACAAGUAGAAGAAUUAUUUGAGUGGUUGACAUGCAUGGCACAGAUGUUGGGAUUGUACACCAAUGGGGCUAGACAUGAAUUGUGUACUUGUGUAGAGUCGAUAUAA